GCGAAGGCGACACCGUAUUUCGUAUUCCGGUUUCCGUGAAAACCGUCCCUUCAAAAAAUCCGUUCGGGAUUUUUCCGAGUUAUGAAGUGUACAAUUUCACGUUCUAUUCGGAGGUAACGUUUGUGGGACAAAUCGAGUGUUAAUUAACCAGUUAACUUCAUUCGACGUGUAUACACGUCGGUAACCCGUGACGUUACAGUUAAUUCCGCAGUUAACAGGUUAAAAAUUGAUUUAUUAACGAGACCGGAACGCAGAAUUGCUGAAUCGUUGAAAUAGACCUAGGACAGGUGACGGCCGUAUUUCAUCGUCAGGAUCAUGGGAGGGAAAAAAAAAUCUCCGAAAAAGAAGCUAAGGGUGAUCCAUCGAAGGGACCUCGUGGAAAAUUCGUCGAAAGACCCUUCAACCUUUGAGAACGAUAUCACUCCGCAAGAACUGUCAUUAGAGAAGAAAAAAUUGAAUUGUCCGAUGGGCAUUCUCUCUCGAAUAAAUUAUCCCUUUGUCGAGUGUUUUCAAAGGGAAAAUUUUCCCGAUAGCGACGAAGAAGACUCGAUUGAACUGAACUUUCGACCAAGAUUUAUCUUCGUGGCCAACAUGUGCGCGGUGUGCAUGGAAAUUUGCACAUCCGGAAUAAUUUGCGAAUUUUGCAAAAUGGUGUCAUACUGCUCGCAAAAGCAUAAAGAACAGAAUCGACCUGUGCACGAAGACCUGUGUAAAAUCUUGGGAGAAAUUUGUUUGACGAACGAAGGAUGGCUGCUUGCCCAAGGAUUGCCUGCAGAACAUUUUAGAAUUUUUCGAGUAGAGCUAUUAAAAAUGAUCGAACAAGGGAUCGGGAGACCUCUGCAACUAUGGGAAAAGGAGAUAAUCCUCUACCCUCGAGUCUGCACAAAGUGCAAUUACUUCGGGGAGGAUCUCAACUUUUGCAAAAAUUGCGAGAUUCAGUUUCACUGCGAGGAACACGGGAACGAUCAUCUAGGUUACUGUCAGGAAUUCCAAAUGUUUCGAAAAAUUUUAUUACUGCAGCAUAGACACGGUUGUAUAGAUAUCGACAUUCCCAAUAAAAUUCUUGAUAAGGACUGCUCGACAUUGGCUGACAGUUUUGACGACCUGAUAGCGAAACUGUACGACUUUUCAGGGUAUUAUACGAAAAUGGAUUGUUAUACUUAUGCGACGUUAUCUCACAUCGGCACUGUACCGCUUACUGCAUUAUUUGCAAUGCAAAAAUCGAGCGAAGAUUGGAGCGAACAAAUUUCUUGGACGAUUCAUGUGGUAGGAGCUGAAUUUCUCUUUGAGGGAAUGCAUCUUCACGUUUGGGAAAAAUUCUUUCUGCAUUUCCUCCCGAAUUUGAAACAUUUGGAGAUUGUGCUUGCGGGUCCAGAAUUGCACGUUCCGCAGGGAAUUCCAACGAAUUUAAUAGAAAAAGUCAGAAUCUGCUCGAGAUGCAAAUCGGCUAGUCGAAAGAUUAACAUUUCGCUUAAAGUAAAUAAAUUAUACCACGAAUACAGCCGUUUGCAGGAUUUUAUCAAGCCUGACAUGAUUUGUCUGUUUAAUCCUGGAUUGUACAGAGACACGGGGUUUAAUGGCCUAGACACGUGGCCCGAUACUAUACGAGAAUUUUGUAAAUUCAAAGUCCCCGUAGUCGUUACUUCCUAUACAGAAUUUGAGAUUCCACGUGACAUAGAAAGGAUUAAAUCAAUUAGUUCGGUAGAUGUUAUUUUGGAACCACAGAGAAAUCCAUUUGCUUCACUAAAACCGGACAGAAAUUUUGUCAGCGAUGACUCCGCCCCACUGAUGUACAAGAAUCAGUACAUUUCCAUAAUAAAGGGGAUUUCGUAACUCUGAAAUAUCCAAUAUUUCAU